UAUAAAUAUCCACUCGCCCUUGAAGCCUGUAGGAUCGGACGCUUCUCGGGCGCGAGUCCGAAAACUUUCUCGGAAAAUUUCGCCAAACAACAUGGAGUCAUGCCCUUCGAUAAAAAACAUCCUCCUUUUGGAUUCUGAAGGGAAACGUGUGGCUGUCAAGUAUUACUCAGAUGACUGGCCUACAAAUAGUGCAAAGGAAACAUUUGAGAAAGCUGUAUUUACCAAGACUCAAAAGACAAAUGCACGGACAGAAGCGGAAGUAGCAAUGUUUGAGAGCAACAUCGUUGUUUACAAGUUUGUUCAAGACCUUCACUUUUUUGUUACUGGCGGUGAAGAUGAAAACGAGCUCAUUUUAGCCACUGUUCUUCAGGGAUUUUUCGAUGCUGUUGGCCUUCUUCUUAGAGGUAAUGUGGAGAAGAGAGAGGCACUGGAGAACUUGGAUCUCAUUCUAUUAUGCCUCGAUGAAAUUGUUGACGGCGGUAUUGUUCUCGAGACAGAUGCAAAUGUUAUAGCGGGGAAGGUUGCAAGUAAUAGUAUAGAUGCUGGAGCUUCUUUGUCUGAGCAGACAAUAAGCCAAGCAUUGGCCACUGCACGGGAGCAUCUAACAAGAUCCCUUCUUAAAUGAUGUGCAUAUGCGGGACAAAAGUAGAGGAGGAAGGAGUGAAUGUCUUUUUUGUGUUUUCCAGUAUACUUGGCGAGCUAGUUUAUAAGCAUCAAAUUUACCUAAAAUCUUGCAUCCUUAAUUCAGUUGAUAUUCAUGUCAGAAUGUUCUUGCUGAAUUCGAACGUUUUCUUGUAAACUUGAUUGGUUUGGGCAUCAAUGCUAGCGGUAUAGAAGAAUUGCUUUUAAA